UAACCCAUCGUCCCCGAACCCAGGUUAGAUCGUGCGGCCACGAUUAACCUUUCUAGAACAUGAGUCGGUUUCUCAGACACUAUAUAAACCUCCCAAACUUUCCAAAAUCUUUACAUUGAGUUUCCUACAUUUCUCGACUCUUCCGAGUCAGUGUUCUCUGUUCUUGCGGCCAUUAGAUAAGCAACCAAGGAAUUAGUUCUAUUCUAGAUUCAAAUCUUUCAGUGUACAUGGUUGAACUCGACAUCCAGAUCCCUCCUCCUUUUGACCCAUUUGCUGAGGCUAAGGACUCAGGUGCCGCUGGGGCUAAAGAGUAUGUGCACAUCCGUAUACAGCAGAGGAAUGGAAAGAAAAGCUUGACGACAGUGCAAGGGCUGAAACAAGAGUACAACUGCGAGAAGAUCCUUAAGGACCUCAAGAAGGAGUUUUGUUGCAAUGGUACUGUUGUGUCAGACCAGAAAUUGGGGGGAAAGGUCAUUCAGCUCCAAGGUGAUCAACGGAAGAACGUCUCAAAUUUCCUAAUCAAGGCUGGUAUUGCUAAGAAAGAGCAGAUCAAGAUUCAUGGUUUCUAAGUUCUUAUAGUUGAAGAUUUGAAUGUAAUCGACUCAUAUAUGCUUGAAGGUCUUAAGUGGAUUUUUCUGUUUACUUAUGUUUCUUUUCUAGUUAUUGUCUUUGGGGUGUAGAGGGUGAUGAACACUACAAAAUGGGUUGUAAUGAAGCUUUGAUCAAUAAUAUAUAUUGGAUUAAAA